CGUGGCACAGGCACUUACGUUUCUUUCCCAUUCUGUCUCACUAUUGCGCACCAGUUUCGCUUUCUUCGGUAAUAAUUGAGUUAGACGAAGGACACUUUUCAAUUAUUCAUAAUAGAUACUAUUUAUUCCACUACAAUGGAUAUUCAAAAACUGGCUAAUGUUACAAUGAAUUUUGAUCAAUCAAUGAUAGAUGAGAAAGUUAAUUCUGUACGUUCCAAAGUUAAUGCACUGGAAAAAGAUACUAAAACUAGUUGGUUAAUGAAAGCAAUAAGCUAUAUAGACUUAACUAGUUUAGGAGGGGAUGAUACACCUAUGAAAGUCAAAGCUGUUUGUGCAAAGGCUGUUAAUCCCCUUCAGUUAUCACCUAUACCAACAGAAUCUUUACAUACUGCAGCCCUAUGUGUUUAUCCUUUGAGACUUGCAGAUGCAAUGGCUUCGUUAGAAGAACUUGAUAAAGAACAUAAAGUUGCUAUAGCUACUGUAGGUGGAGGAUUUCCAUCUGGACAAUUUCCAUUAGAAACUCGUCUCAGAGAAGUAGAAAUAGGUAUUGAAAAUGGUGCAGAUGAGAUUGAUAUUGUCAUCAAUCGACCAUUGGCUAUAAUGCACCAAUGGCAAAAAUUAUACGAAGAGUUGAAAUUAUUUCGUACAGUUUGCGGCAAUAAAGUGUGUUUGAAAGUUAUACUUGCCACUGGAGAGUUAGUUAACUUGGAAAAUGUAUAUAAAGCAUCUAUGGUGGCAAUGAUGGCUGGAGCUGAUUUUAUUAAAACAUCUACUGGAAAGGAAACAAUAAAUGCAACUUUACCUGUUGGAAUAGUUAUGUGCAGAGCAGUUAAAGAUUAUCAUGCGGCAACACAGAAAAAGGUUGGUUUCAAGCCUGCUGGAGGUAUUAAAACUGCACAAGAGGCAUUGGAAUGGAUAAUGUUGGUGCAAAUGGAAUUAGGAGACGAAUGGUUAACCAAAGAUUUAUUUAGAAUUGGUGCAUCCAGUUUAUUGGAUGAUAUUGUUGGAACAGUAUGUUCAAAGUAAUUUUGUCUCAUUUAUGCAAUGCAAUGCUUUUUAUAUUUUUAUAUGAAUGCAUGUAUAUAACCUUUAUAAAUGCA